AUGUUGCGACUGAAGCGUGCUCCAUAUCGACAAGUGUCCUCCGAUAUCGAAUUACACGAGCUCUGGAGCAGCACUGCGGUUUCAAGACUUCCAACGACGGCGUCAUGGACGAAACGGCAUUUCAAAGGGUGGAGGUUUGGUGUAAUCAGCGGGGCCUGGCUCGCCAUCUGUGUCCUUGUUUUGAACGUGGCCAUCACAUUUUCUGCGCUUCAAAAACAACAUGCAGAAGAUAGUGGUCGGCGAGUCUUGUUCGAAGGGGAUUGCAGAAAGGCUGAGACCUUGAACGUGGUCGCUCAUCUUUUGAUCAAUGCCAUGAGUACGCUUUUACUCUCCGCUUCCAACUAUGGAAUGCAAAUCCUCACCGCCCCUACAAGGAGUGAGAUUGACUUUGCUCAUGCAAAGAAGAAGUGGUUAGAUAUUGGAGUUCUCAGCCUCAAGAAUAUUAGGACUAUCAGCCGAAGCAGAGCCCUGUUGUGGGCCACGCUUGGUGCUUCGUCUCUACCAUUGCAUCUGAUGUACAAUUCAGCUGUCUUCUCCACUGUUAAUGCGCACGAAUACAGCAUCUACACCGCACGGCCAGAUAUGCUGACGAACACGGCAGCGAACAAAAAUAGCCCUCUCGGCUAUGCGCAAACUGACGCUCGUUAUACCACAGUUAAGCAGCUGUACGAAAAGGCGAUGAACAGCUCCCUCGACAAACUCAGCGCAAGUCAGUGCAUUGAUGCGUACGCGAUGAAUUUCCAGACAGAACGAGGGGACGUCAUUCUCGUUACCAAUGACCAAGGUCCUCUCCCUGUGAGAGAUUACAAUAAUUUUGAAUCUACCAUUAACCGAGGUUCUAUGCAGUGCAAAAGCAAUCCAUUCGAUUGGAUCUGCGGCGAAUAUUUCGCCAGUAGCUGCUUUGGCGGCGAUACCGACGUGUGCUCUGUAGCUUAUAAGAACAUCGAUGGAGACAACUGGUCGCCUCUCGGCAACAAGGUUGAGUAUUGUCUAAGUGAAAAGCUGUCAGGUCACUGUAAGGUUCAGUUCAGUGUUGUGAUUGCGUGGGUAGUUCUUGCGUUCAACCUCUGCAAAGCCAUAGCUUUACUGUUGAUCUUCUUCUUCCUUUCGGACGAUCCUCUUGUCACGAUGGGAGAUGCAGUGUCGUCUUUCCUUCGAGUCUCCGAUGAAACGACUCGAUCCAGAUGCUUGAUGUCGCAUGACAGACUGGCGUUGUGGACGAUGCCUCCAGAGCCGCAACCAUAUUCUGUUAGCAUCAAAAAGAACAGCAGAAGGUGGUCAAACGUCGUCAGCAAGCGUCGGUGGUGGUUCUGUAUGGCUCUAUAUUUUGCUGCCAUUGGAGCUUGCCUAUUCCUCUUCCUUUACGGAAUUUUCGGUCAUCCGCUUCCAUCCCGAAUACUGAUAGCGUUGCCAAUAGGUUCCUUGAAUCCAGCAACGUUUAUAUACGGAUGGACAUUACCUUCUUCGGGAGCGCUUGGGCUCAUUUCCAAUGUCAUCAUCGCCAACUUGCCCCAAGUCGUCUUAUCCAUGAUAUAUUACACGUACAAUAGCUUGUUCACCUGUUUUCUCGCCGGGAGAGAAUGGUCACGAUAUGCUACGCAUAAGAAAGGUCUAAGAAUCAGCUCAAUCCCUCGUGGGGCUCAGAGGUCCACGUACACGUUGCAGCUCCCUUACAGAGUUGCUCUUCCACUUAUGACCCUGAGCGGCAUCCUUCACUGGCUGACGUCGCAGAGCAUAUUUCUCGUCAGUGUUCAAGAGCAAAGCCAGGAUGGCCUAAGUGACGAGUUUCUCACCUGCGGCUAUUCCCCGUCCGCGAUUCUUGGAGUCAUCACGCUGGGAUCAGUUAUGGUAGCCAUGGUCUGGUACCUGGGAACUCGCACGUACAGGGGUGGCAUGCCAAUCGUAGCCACGAACAGCGCAUGUAUCAGUGCUAUGUGUCACGUGUCUGAAGAAGAGAGAGAGGCUGACAUUGCGUUUCUGCCUGUAAGAUGGGGGAUCCCCGAUCAUCGCAUGGAGGAUGAUGACAGGAAAGAUUCCGUUCGCCACUGCACGUUCUCGAGUUUGUACGUGAGAAUGCCAAAGGAAGGCGAGCUAUGCGCUGGAGUCAACUCUGCGGAUAGUCAUAACUAA